GUCUCUCCACGAUUACAUACAGUCUAACAAUCUCACAAUCGUACAGUAGUGUCCCCUCAGCCGAACGUCCAGUUCCCCAAUACGCUACGUCACGGUUGUUCAAACCAUCAUCCAAACACGACGUUCCUUUCUCAGCAUAUCGUGACGAUACAGCUUAGAUUGGGCCUCGAUGGCGUCUCGCGCGCUUGUGCUCUCUGUGCUUCUGCUCCUCGCAGCGGAUUUCUCGCCAGCCGCCAAUCCAGCCGUCGCUCAGACGGUUUCAGUUCCCGGAGCUCUGGACGUCAAUACUAACGGGUCGAUUCAGAUUCCAGGGGUUACCGUCAGCCCGAACGGUACGGUAAACGGCAACGGUUAUUCAACCGACGCGGAGGACGGCAGCGUGACGGUCGACGGCACGACGUACUUUCCGAACGGCACGAUUGUAAACGCCGACGGUCAGGUGAUCACCCCGACAACGAACGUCGACGGAUCCGUAUCUGCCGGCGGAUUCACCGUCUACCCUAACGGCACCGUUACCAGUUCCGACGGGACGGCCGUCAAUCCUGACGGCGGCGUUACGUUCCCCGGCGGGCUCAACAUCAGCACCGGCGGCGGCGGCGGCGGCGUGAUUCAGACGCCGGGAUUCACGGUGAACCCCGACGGCACCGUGGCCGUUAAUCAGGCGUCCCCCUCCACAUCAAAACCUGCUGGUUCGCUCGCAUCACCUGCCAGGAUGGUGACAAGUCUCCUCGUCCUGCUCGUGUUCCUACUCGUCGCGUAGUCACGUCCCUCUUACAGACGAACUCGCGAAAGAGAUUAGGAGGGAAGCAUGGAGGAGGGGGUAGGCUUGGGGGAUGACUGGAUGGUAGCCUGGUGGGGUAUGCCAGAGACGUCAAAUUCGCGUCCGUGAUUGUACUAUCCGUUUGUAGAGGUUUUUAUGAAUG